GUCAUCACGAGUCAACGGUGGUGGUGGAGCUGUGGAAGGAAGCAGCAAUGGAGUCUGCGGCGGCGAGCGCUUUUCUGAAGAGCGUGAUGGGGAGGCUCUUCCAGGUGCUGGAGAAGGAGUACAACAAGCAGAAGGGCCUGAGGCAGGAGACCCUCUCCAUCCAGCAGGACCUCCGCAUGAUCGCCGCCGCCAUGGACGACCGCAUCCACGCUCUGGGGCGGGGCGACGGCCGCACGGCCGUCGCCAGGCUGUACAGCGAGGAGAUGCUCGGCCUGGCGCAUGACGCGCAGGACUGCAUCGACCGCAUCGUGCACCGCCUCACCUGCAGGCCCUCCCGCUCCAGCGGCGGCGGGCCGUCGGCGCUCGUCCGCCGGGUCGCCCACGAGCUCAAGAAGGUGCAGAGCCGCUCGGGGUUCGCCGACGAGAUCCACAAGCUCAAGGCCCGCCUCAAGCAGGCGCACGACCGGGUCGUCGGCGUCCUCAUCCCCGUCACCGCCUGCCAAGAAUCGGCGGCGGCAUCCUCGGCGUCGUGCCGCGUGGCGCGCAACCGCAACCCGGUGGGCAUUGGGAAGCCAGUGGAGGAGCUCCUCUCGAUGCUGGACGAGGUGGAGGGCGAGCCGGAGCAGCUGAGGGUGAUCUCCGUCGUGGGGUUCGGCGGGUUGGGGAAGACCACCCUCGCCAGGGCGGUCUACGAAAGCCCUCCCGCCAUGGAGAAAUUCCACCGCCGUGCCUGGGUUGACGCCAGUCGGCCGUCACUGGAGACCAAUGAUGACAGGGUCAGUGAGAUCCUACGAGAUCUACUCCGGCAAGUUCGUCCGGAGGACGCCAUGGAUGUUGCUGUUACUGAUGGCCAACGUAUUGAAGCCUUGCUCACGGAAUACCUCAAGGACACGAGGUACCUGAUUGUCAUAGACGACAUUGCAAUGGAGCAGUGGAGCGCUAUAAGUUUCAUCUUUGGAGACAAUGGCAAAAGCAGCAGAAUCCUACUGACCACAGCUACUCACAAAACAGCUAAAAACUGCAGCCAUGGCAGUGGCUAUGUGUACCAACUGGACACACUUGGUGAAGAGGACUCCAUGGAGAUAGCUCUUCAGGGGGCGGUGAGAUCGCCUGAGCUGGAGCAGGGUUCGACGACGCUGCUGCAGAAAUGUGGUGGUCUUCCACUUGCUCUUGUCAGUGUCUCCGAUUUCAUGAAAAGUUCAGUUGAGCCUACGGGGGAGCAGUGUGCAGAGCUAUGCCGCAGCCUGGGGUAUCAUCUGAGAGAGAAGCAUGACCAUGACAACUUCGCAGAACUAAGAAGGGUGUUGAUGCAUAACUAUGAAAGUUUGUCUGUGUAUGAUAUGACCUGCUUGCUAUAUCUCAGUGUAUUCCCAAGCAAUCGCCCCCUUAAAAGGAAAGUUCUUAUCAGGCGGUGGCUAGCUGAAGGAUACGCGCGGAGCGAUUCUCUUCGCAGCGAAGAGGACAUUGCAGGUGAGACUUUCAAGACACUUAUUGAUCGGAAUAUCAUCCAGUCUAUUGAGACAAGAAACGAUGCACAAGUGAAGACCUUCAAGACUCAUGCCAUCAUGCAUGAGUUUCUGCUGCACAAGUCCAUGUCGAAGGGGUUCAUCGCGACGUCGUCUCGGAACCACCCAAGACCCUGUGCCUAUCUUAAUAAUGCUUGCCACCUUUCUGUCCACGGUGGCAGUUUGACAGAUAGUGAGGCAUCUGAGGAGGAUUUAUCCCGUGUCCGGUCUCUGACAGUCUCUGGGAAAGCAGGUGAUGCUAUUUCUUAUGUUCGUAAGUGCAAACUGCUACGAGUUCUGGAUCUGGAUGAAUGCAAUGAUCUGGAAGACAAUCACCUCAAACACAUAGGCAAGCUAUGGCAUCUGAAAUAUCUGUGUGUUGGGGGCACUAUUGAGAAACUUCCGAGCAGCAUUGAAGGACUGCAUUGCUUAGAGACCCUGGAUCUGAGGAGAACCAAGAUAAAGACAUUGCCCAUUGAGGCCAUUAUGCUCUACCACUUAACCCAUCUGUUCGGAAAGUUCACGAUUGACAAAGAUGAUCUGAGGAAUGCAAACAAGAUGAGGAAGGUGGUGAAGUUCUUGUCUGGAAAUAAGAGCAACCUAAAGACCUUAGCUGGAUUUGUCACAAGCGAGAGCCAAGGGUUUAUGCAACUUAUAGGUCAUAUGAAAAAUCUGAGAAAGGUCAAGAUAUGGUGUGAGCCAGUUGCAAAUGGUAGCAGCUACACCACUGAGCUUUCCGAGGCCAUUCAGGAUUUCAGCAAGGUUCCCAUUGACAAUGCAGGUGCUCGUUCUCUAUCACUUGAUUCAGAAGAAUGUUCUGAAGACAUGUUGAGUUCGCUUGAUUUCGAGCCAUGCCCUGAAGGUUCCAAAUAUGAUAUAAGGUCGCUGAAGCUACAUGGCAAGCUACUCCAGUUACCUCCAUUUGUUACCUUGCUGAUAGGUCUCAAGGAACUGUCUAUUUCAUCAGCUACCCUUACACGGGAUCUUCUAUCUUCUCUGAUCAAUUUGGGUAACCUGCUUUACCUCAAGCUGAUCGCGAAUCAGCUUGAGAAUUUUGAAAUGAGAAAAGGGGCAUUCCCAAGCCUGCGGCGUCUGUGCUUUGUAGUGCGAAGUCUUGCUUCACCUCUGCCAGCAAUCGAACAAGGAGCUCUUCCAAACAUUGUCUCACUCCAACUUCUCUGCCCCGGUCUAGUUGGUCUUUCUGGCAUCCAAAUCAGACACCUCAGACAUCUUAAGGAGGUCACAAUUGACCGUGCAGUGUCUGACCAAACAAGAACAGAUUGGGAAGAAGCAACAAAGAACCACCCAAAUAGGCCUAGACUCUUGUUGUUCAAAAAUGGUGAUCCAAUGGAAAGUGAGGGACCAGGGCAUGAAGAAGCUUCUGCCAUGAGAGAAAAACGGAAAAUAUGCGUAGUGCAAUCAAGUUCAGAUUUAGAUUCUGGUCUCAAGAAGAUGCGUCUUUCAGAGUCUUCUUCGCGGCUUGAAGUGAUCAUCCAUUCGAAUUCCUCUAUGCAGUUAUGAAUCCGUUCACUGAGGGAGCAACCCGACCAUCUUGGUAUGAUGUAGAGGUCAUAUUUAUAUAUCAUCAUGAUGCAUGUAAACACAGCCAGAAGAGAAAAAUAUGUGUAGUCCAACCAAGUUUGGAUAAGGACUGGAUUCUAAUAUCAAAGAAUAUGAGACUUCAAAGAGUCUUCUUCGUGAUCUCAAUUGAUUGUCCAUCCUGUGCUGUUAACGGGCAGAUGACCAUCUUAGUAUGCUGUCGGACUCAUCUGUACGUCAUCAUGAUAGUGCUACUUCAGUUCAGUGAAGCAAACGGCUGCGUAAAUGAGCUUGGUCUCUUGAAUCAGAGAGAGAUGAAAUGAUGAGCUGUUGGUGUAUUGUAUGGUCUGUAGUUUCAAAACAUUUCGUACCUUUUGCAACAAGAAACAAAACAGGGCUAAAGCUAGCAAUACAGCGGCAGUUCUUCAGAAGCUAACAAACAACCACUUGCUGGUUAAGAUCUACGUAUGGUGCCACCACACAGCCAUCAGAGCUGCAUGGCCUCACAAUGGAGCUCAUGAACGCCGUCACGACUUCCGUGGAUGCAUCUUUCCGGAGCAAGGAGAUGGCGUACUCCAUGACCGCGGAAUCACAGGGCAGUGUGAUCCUCCCGUCUUUGCUGCCCACAAAGCCAAAGUCCUCCUGAGACAUCCUCAGGAACUCGCCGAAGACCACCGUGCCGAGGUACGCCAGCGGCACCUCAAACCGUGCCCCAUUGGCAGUGUACACCACGAAGUGGCCCUUCAUCGCCACCGAUGAUGCUGUGCAGCACUCAUCGUAGGCUGCUCCUUUCGCUGCUACCGCUGUCCGGGUGUAGUGGUGCUGCUUUAGCUUGUGUUUUGUGGAUGAACUGAUGAGGGGAUGGUGGUGCUAGCCUGAUGGAUUUAUAUGCGAGGGACUGAGGGAGAAUGAAAAGGGAACCAUUCAGUUUAGGUGCAGCUAUCAUGACAAGUUGGCAAGGGACAUGGCCAUGAGCGCAGAACAUGUAAUGCUGCAAGUGCAGGGCAAGCAACGUGAUCUUGAUUUGAUCUCUCUGGGGCCAUCAGUUUGCCACUUGUUGGGAACAGUACUAGCAGUGUCUUGUGUGUUGUUGGACAAUCCGUUGUGCUGCCAUACUCACCUGCUUUUCUUUUUCUUUUUUCUUUUUGAGAAUAACUCACCUGAGGCAUAUGGCUGACUGAUGAUGGUUCAUUUCUGAUAUUUUGGGUUAUUGAUUAAUCAUAUCCCAGUGAAAGGA